AUGCGGGAAUUCGGAAGAGACUUGCGUCGUGCUCGCACCAUCCUCAUCAAGAUUGGGACGGAGAUCGUCCAUUCGCCUGAAGGUCUUCUGGCCAUGGGGCAGAUCGGCAACAUUGUGGAACAGAUCGCAAUUUUGCACAUGCGUGGCCACAACAUCAUCCUCGUAUCAAGCGGCUCGAUCACUAUUGGCAAAAUGGUAUUACGGCGUCAGUACCUACUAUCGGGGUCGAUGCAGUCUCAUCUUGGAGGCCAAGUGGAGGAUAACGUGGAAUUCUAUGAGAAAGCCUGUGCUGCGGCGGGUCAGAGUGGACUCCAGAGUCUCUACGAGAUGUUGUUUUCUCAGUACCAUUUGAACUGUUCCCAAAUAUUGGCGUCUGAUGCGGAUUUCCGAGAGCCUCAAGUACGUGAAAAUCUCAAAAAGACUUUGGGUACACUGUUGGAUGUGGGAAUAAUUCCCGUAAUUAACGAGAACGACGUCAUCACACGUCGAACGGCGCCUUUACUUAGUGGGGAAAAGAUGGCGUGGGAUAAUGACUCGCUUGCGUCACUCUUUGCUCAAGAGAUGCAAGUGGAUCUUAUGGUAAUUAUUACUGAUUCACGAGUGUCGUCUAUGGGUCAGAACGAUAAGGUGCACUCGUGCAUCAGAGCGGUGGACAGUGGCGCUGUCCGUGCUGCUGUAGUUGCCAAGGCCGAGCCAGGAGUCCUUCUGCGCAUUGUCAACGGUGAACGUGUGGGAGCGCUCUUCAUAUCGCCGGAUGGAAAGCCGAUAGGAGAUGCCACAACGGAGGAAGAACACAUUGACCCUUUGUAUACUGGCAUUGCCAAACGCAGUCGUGGUCGCUUGAGUAAGUUGUAG